GGCUGGCUGCGGGUCAGUCAGGCCGGCAGCCUCUCUACUCCGUUCCGGGUCACCUUACCGCAGCCCACGCGCAGCCGCUGCGCCCUGCCUUCGCCGGCGCCGCCUCUAGCCUCGCUUCCGCCUCCUUCCCGCGCCUCGGCUGCUGGUGCUCAGGGUAUCCGACUGUCGUCGCCGCCCAGAGGGGUGUACCUGAGCCAGUGAAGAAGCCGCUCUUGGGCUGGCCUCGCGGCGACCUCUGGACAGUCUCCCCCUGCAGGGGCGGCACAGUUCGCAGUCUGCAGAAGUGCGGCUCCUCGCGCGCCUGAAGGCCGAGCUCUGACCGCGGAAGCCGGGUUGAUGCCAGGUGGGGCAGCAGCGAGUGGCCGGCGCCUGGGCUGCGGAGAACGGGCGACCACGCCUGGGGAUCACACGCCGGCGACCUCUUCAGAGCGCGACGUCUCCUGCCAUCUCCGCCUGCCUUCCCUACGGGCCUCUGCUUGGAGACGCGACAUCCUGCCUGCAGGUGCGGGACCGGGCCCGCGGACGCCGAUCGGAGACACAAGAUGGCGUUGGGCGCGUGACUGAGCAUCCCCCAAGUUUCGCUCCGAGGACGUGGAGGACGGACGUUGGUGGGGGCAGUGAAAGGACGAGAGCCGGACUCUGGUGUCGUUGGUUAAUUGUGAUUGCGUGAAGCUUGACUCCUCGGGCAAAUUGCAGGAGAGUGUCCGCUGUCGUCCUAAGUCCUUUAGCACAGGGAGCCACAGUCUUAACUCGUAUCUAACCACCUGAUAACCCAACUAUCAGGGGCCCUUGAUAGUUGGGGAAAAUGGCGAUGACACUGUUGGAAGACUGGUGUAGAGGGAUGGAUGUGAAUUCUCAGAGAGCCCUGCUGGUCUGGGGGAUCCCGGUGAACUGCGAUGAGGCUGAAAUCGAAGAGACCCUCCAGGCUGCAAUGCCCCAGGUGCACUAUCGAGUGCUUGGGAGAAUGUUCUGGAGGGAAGAGAAUGCCAAAGCAGCCUUGUUAGAGCUCACUGGCACUGUGGAUUACGCUGCCAUCCCCAGGGAGAUGCCGGGUAAAGGAGGGGUCUGGAAAGUAGUCUUUAAGCCUCCGACUUCCGACGCUGAAUUUCUAGAAAGGUUGCAUCUCUUCCUAGCCCGAGAGGGAUGGACUGUGCAAGAUGUUGCCCGUGUCCUUGGGUUUGAGUACCCCUCUCCAGCCCCAGGCCCAGAUAUGCCAGCAGAGAUGCUAAACUAUAUUUUGGAUAAUGUUAUUAAGCCUCUUAUAGAGUCCAUAUGGUACAAGAAGCUGACGUUGUUCUCGGGGAGGGACAUCCCGGGGCCUGGGGAGGAGACAUUUGAGCCCUGGCUGGAGCACGCUAAUGAGGUCAUUGAGGAGUGGCAGGUGUCUGAUAUAGAAAAGAGGCGGCGGUUGAUGGAGAGUCUUCGAGGCCCUGCCGCUGAUGUCAUCCGCAUCCUCAAGACCAACAACCCAGAUAUUACCACCGCCGAAUGCCUGAAGGCGCUUGAGCAGGUGUUUGGAAGCGUGGAGAGCUCCAGGGAUGUGCAGGUCAGAUUUCUGAACACUUACCAGAACCCGGGAGAAAAAUUAUCUGCUUAUGUCAUUCGUCUGGAGCCCCUGCUGCAGAAGGUGGUGGAGAAGGGAGCCAUAGAUAAAGAGAACGUGAACCAAGCUCGCCUGGAACAAGUCAUUGCGGGGGCCAACCACAGCGGGGCCAUCCGAAGGCAGCUGUGGCUGACCGGGGCUGCGGAAGGGCCAGCCCCUAACCUCUUCCAGUUGCUUGUGCAGAUCCGUGAGGAGGAGGCCAAGGAAGAGGAGGAGGCGGCUGAAGCCGCCCUCUUGCAGUUAGGCCUGGAGGGGCACUUCUGAGUCUCGAGAAAACGGACUUUAGUGCAGACCUAGAUCACAGCUGCUUUUCGUGUCUCUGUGCUGUCCUGCAGGUAUGUCACCUAGUGGUAAAGACUUAGUGUGGUUUUUCUGGGGUAAGUCAGGCCUGCAUAUUCACGUUAACAUUGGUAAAACCUUGCAAGCGAGCACCAGAGCGGCUGCAGUACAAGUGAGUCAUGUCAGCCACAGUGCCAGGGAAAGGCUUGGACAGUGCAAGUUGUCAGUGCUGCAAGCUGUCAUCAUGGCAUCAUUGUCAGUUGUGACAACCAUGGGAACUCGUGACACUUCCCAGAGGUAACUGAAUAUGAAAUUGCAUGUUCAGAAGUUUAGUGCAUGGCCUGGCUCACACAAGAAGUGUUGAGUAAAAAUGUGAACUGUUGUUAUUACUACUCUUGUGAGUAGUUUUUGUGUUUACUGUAAAUUGUUCCUGAUUUAUAUUAAUGGAAAGAAAUGUGAAUUAGAUAUUAUUCAACUUUACAGUGCAAAUUUCUCAUUUUUCAUCUUUAAACAUCUAGAUCAGUUUAACUGAGACGUGUUCUGAGGCUGCAAAAGGAGGUGUUAGAAAUACUGCACUUACAGAGUUGUGUAUCAAGUCUUCACUGAACAAGACAGGACUAGAACAGGGAGGUUAAUAUGAACCAGCUCAGUAUCUAUUCCCCCAUUUCAAAUCUUUAUCAUUGAAGAGUAGUUUACCUUGUUCAUGCUGGUUCUAAGUUUGAAGUUAUCAAAUACAUGUUUAUUAAUAAAAAUAUUUUUUAAA